UAUAUCUUGAUAGUAAUUUGAUUGUGAUAAAUGUCAAUGUUAUUUUUGUACAUUUAUUGUAAAACUGUGCCAUAAUUCUGAGUACUUACAUGCAAAUAAUUGUUUUUUAAAAUGAAUUUAACAAUCGUAUUAUAAUACACCAUGGCCGGACGUAUAACAUCUGCCUCUAUAAGAGCAGUUGUUGGUAAUAAAAAGCCCUUAAAGGCUGCUCUCACACUGGUUUGUAUUUAAUUUUUAAAAUUCAAAUUCUAAACAUUGUGUAGUUAACUAUUACCAAUAAAACUAUAUUUUUCAGACACCAUCAGCUGUUGAGCAACUGAAAAAAAUAUUGUCUGGUAAAUCAGAAUGUGUUAGUUCAAUCGUGUAAAUAUUGUUCAUUGUUGAUUUUUACAUUUUUAUUUGAUUUAAAUUUUAUAGAUUGGUCUUAAAAUUGGUGUUAAACAACGAGGAUGUAAUGGUUUAAGCUAUACGCUUGACUAUGCUAAAGAAAAACAUAAAUUAGAUGAAGAAGUUAUACAAGACGGUAAUUAAUUUUUACUACUUAAGGGUAUUGUUAAUGGAAUUAUGAGGUAAGAAGAGUCUAAUUGUUUUGAUCUUUUUAUUUUAAUAAUUUUCUUUUAAAAUCUAGUGGUGUAUAUAUAGGUUUUUUGUGUGGGGAAUCAGUGAUAGAAAAUUUCCUUGUGAGGAAGUACACACAAUAUUAUUUAUAAAAUUAUAUAUAAUGUACAUACCAUAAUUAAAUAUAUAAAAAAAAGUCAAUGAGGAAGAUAUGUCCCUAUACCUUUGAUAACAUUAAUUUCAUAUAAUAACACUAUAAUAUGAAAGAACAUUUUUCUACUAACAAUUUAAAAUUUAUUAGAUUUUGUAUAGGGAUAGGUCAUAUACCUAUAAGUCAAUUUAUAUUUUAAAACAUUUAAAUGAAAUUCUUCUCGCCAUAUUAUGUUAAUGAUUAAUACUGUUUUAUUAUUAUAAACAUUUUUAUGUUAAUUACUUUUUUACCAGAAAUCUUUUUUUAAUAUCCUCAUUGAUUUUCAUAAUUGUUAUAAAUGAGAAAAUGUAUUUACACGUAUUCAAGAAACUUCACUCUAAAUCAUUUUUCAUUAGCAAUGUUGAUUUUCGAAUAUAGAAAUAAAUUAAAUUUCCCUCUAUAUCUUCCCUUCCCAACUUCUCACCUACAGCAAUGGUCCAACCAUUGUGCAAAGUAUGUUAAUCUUUUUACUAUGAUGUCAUAAUUUUCAAUAAUUGUCAGCCAUAUUAUAUACUAAAAUGUGUAUUCAAUUUAACUAGUUAUCAAAUUAUAUGAGUUUUUGAAACUAAUUUUUUUACACUAAAUUAGGUAUUAUUGAACUUUGUUUUAGGAAUCCGUGUGUUUAUUGAUAGAAAAGCUCAGUUAACAUUACUCGGAACUGAAAUGGACUUUGUUCAAUCAAAAUUGUCUUCAGAAUUUGUAUUCUAUAAUCCAAAUAUUAAAGGAACUUGUGGAUGUGGUGAAAGUUUUAAUGUUUAAACUUAAGAAGUAAGUUGUAGGCAGAAAAAAACAUUUUUUUUCCUUAAGUAAUAUAUAUAUUAUUAUUAUCCAAAAUAAAUUGUGAUAUAUUUGUAUGUGCUAAAAAAAUAUUAACUAUGAUUAUUAUAAAAAUAUAUGCAUAAAAAAUAGUAGGAUUUAAUGUUGUUCAUAAUUAUAAUUGAGCGUUGAAUUAAAAAAACGUAACAAAAUGGAUAAAAAUAUUUUUUUCAUUGAAAUAUAAUUAAUUAAUUAUUUAUUUAUUUAUAAUUUUUUACCAUCAUUGCAGUUUUGGCUGUUGUCUAAGUUCAGUGAUAUUUAGUAUUUUUGAAGGAGCUUUAUUUUUACUUGAUGAUUUUUUCUUUUUGUUUGAUAAUGCUUCUGGGUGUCGAUGGUUUUCUAAAGAAACAUAUAUAAAUUAGUUAUGUUUAUUGUUUAUGUUCAUAAAUAAUAUUAAAUGUGUUGGUUCAAAUGAAAAAAGAAAGUUAAUUGUUUAUUAAACGUUAGUGUUUGAUACUAUGAAGUUUUAUUUUAAGAUAGAUCUUUUCAUAAUUUAUUUUGAAAAAAAAAAAUUAAUAUUUAACAAUAAUAAAAAUAAUUUCAUAUUUAAACAUAUACCAGAUACCAAUUAUUAUUAAAGUUUUUCUUCAACCUAAAUAACCUCAUCAUGUUAAAAUAAUUUAUAAACUAUUUUAGCUAAACUAAUACUAGUACUGCUAUACUGUGCAGUACGUUUUAAAAAUUAACUCUUGUUUAAUAUUUUAAAACCUAAAUUGUAUUUUGUUUUGUAUAGAUAUCCCAUAUUAUAUUAUAAAAUAUCUGUUUAUUUUCAAAACUGUUCUAAAUAUAAUUACCACUAUCAGUUGUACAUAGUAUACCUUGAGUAAGGUUUUGUUCUGAUCCGAUCAGAUGAUAUCUCUCCAUAUAAUGCAUUGUUGAAAUUGAAUAAUUAUUUGGAGAUUUCAUGGCAGGUUUAUCCAUAUUAACUGAAAUAAAAAUAAAUAUGAUAAUUUUUCGAUGUAAUAAACAAAAAGAAAAGUUAUUGAAAGUAGGGUAUUUCAAUAUUAUACUUCAAUAAAAUUAUACAUUAUAUUUCUAAUUUUAUAGUAAUAAAUAUAUAUUUUUGAAUAGGAAAAAAUUAAUUUAAUAUAUUUAUUAUUUUAAUUUUUAGAUUAUGAAUGAAUAGAAAAGGAAAAUAAUUUGAAUAAUUUAUUAUUACAGUAAGUGAACGUAGUCAAUAAUAUGUAUAUAAUUUUACUUUUCAUUUAGAUACAGUGCACUUAUGUCAUCAAUAAUAAUUUAUGUGUUGUAUUAUUUGUAUUUAAUUACUUUAAAUGUUAUCAGCAUGUAUUUAGGCAAUAUAAACAUUGUUAUUUAUUUUACUUAUUAAAUUACUGUGAUUUUUAAAGUGUGUAACUAUAGUUCCUUAAUUGUAUAGGGCAUUGGAAAUAACUUACAUUUAACAGAUUGUUCAGGUGCUAAGUACUGCAUAGCUAGUGCUUGCAUCUGUAAGCUGGAAUCUAUUUUACCAUUAUCCGUUAGCAUAAUGUGUGGGUAUGGUUCAAAAUUCCUAAUGGGUGAAGUAAAAUUAUUAAAAACCAUUUAAAGCCUUUAAAAUGUUAGCUAUAAAAUCAAAUGGAGUCUCUAAAGCUUGAUAAUAUAUCAUUUACUUUGAUUUAGUUGUUGGUGUAGGUUUAAUACAUUUUACUGGUUUUGCUACUUCAGAUUUUUGUUCACUAUCUUCAAGCAGGUUGUUUACUUGUCCCUUAAAUUUAAAACAAAAAAAAAAUAUUGGUAUAAUUAUAUAUAUAUAUGUGUGUGUUUAGUAAUAAUAAAUAAAAAAACCAUAGAUUUUAAUUUAUUUUAGAAAAAUAACGUAGUCAAUAACUUACAAUAAUAUUAUUAUAAAUUGUCCAUCCAACUUCAAUUUUUUUACUAUUUUCUUCUUCACAUUCACUGUAAGAACAAAAUACAAUUUAUUAAUUAAAAAAGGUUAACCUAUCAAUUUUAAAUAUACAGUAUAUUACCUAUCAUUACUAUCCUCAGAAGAUGAUUUCAUUUCAAUAUGUAUUGACUGGUCAGGAGAUAUUGGGGCUUCAAUUACUUGAACGUCAUUAGCGUUUAAAUCAAAUGAUUCAUCACUAAGAUUAGAAAUAUAAUAAUUAAAUAAUAAUACAUGAAUAGUUUUAAAAGUUUAUUUGUAUUAAUAAUUGUAUAGGUA